CCAGUCGUUAGGAAGAGCGAGUUGCUGAUGCUGCUCUUUCUGUCCCUGGUGAAUGACCUUCAGACUGUAUGUUUCGCGCUUAGCGAUAAACAGCUUGUGUGCAGAAGGCUCUGUGCGGAGCUCCCUGCAGCUCGAGGAACCUUCUUGGGGACCUGUCACUCUGCAGGAGGGACCUGACUGCCAUGCGCGUAGCGGUGAUCGGAGCAGGGGUGAUCGGGCUGUCCACAGCCUUGUGCAUCUAUGAUCAGUAUCACUCGGUCGUCCAGCCCCUGGAAAUUGAGGUCUAUGCUGACCAGUAUACGCCGCUCACCACCAGCGAUGGAGCAGCCGGGCUCUGGCAGCCCUACCUGGACGAUAAGAGAAAUACUCAAGAAACGCUCUGGAACAAAGAGACAUUUGAUUACCUGUGUGGACACCUGAACUCACCGGAAGUAGAGGAAAUGGGACUCUUCCCAAUUUCUGGCUACAAUCUCUUUACACAGCCAGUUCCGGACCCACCUUGGAAGGACAUUGUCCUGGGAUUUAGGAAUCUGACAGCAAAAGAGCUUGAACUCUUCCCUGGUUACAGCUAUGGUUGGUUUAACACAGCACUAAUCUUAGAGGGCAAGAGCUAUUUGCCUUGGCUUACCAAGAGGUUAAAGCAGAGAGGAGUCAAGUUUUUUCAUAAGAAGGUUGAAUCCUUCCAUGAGAUGGUUGCCAAGGGCGUGGAUGUUAUAAUAAACUGUACCGGGGUCCGUGCAGGGGAACUGCAACCAGACCCAGGGUUAAUGCCAGGCCGAGGACAAAUCAUAAAGGUCCUGGCCCCUUGGGUGAAGCAUUUUGUCCUGACUCAUGAUCUUGAAUCUGGAAUCUAUAACUCACCAUACAUUAUACCUGGGCUAAAACCAGUGACAUGUUGUUGUCUCCAGAAGGCAAAGAUUGUGGAUGAAUGGAGUGGCUUCCGCCCUGUGCGCUACACAGUUCGGUUGGAGAGAGAGGCAGUUCGUCAUGGACCUUUACAAUCAGAGGUGAUACACAACUAUGGCCACGGUGGUUUCGGACUCACCAUCCACUGGGGUUGUGCCAUGGAAGCCGCCAGGAUCUUCGGAAGGAUUCUAGAAGAAAAGAAGCUGGCCCGACCACCACAGUCCCACCUUUGAUUUAACAGAAAUACUCUAAUGAUCAUUCACAUUUUUUCCAUGGCAAAUCUGCGAUAGGCCCACAGCAAUAGUAGAGGAUGGAUGGGAAGAAACUGUUGGUUGUGUGCAGCAGUCACAUGUCCAACCAUAACACCAGUAGCUAGGAAGUCGCGGGGCAAAGGCAGAAAGAAAUAACUCAGUGAUGCAUGUUCUCUGUUUGAUGCCCCCCAGCAGCUCCAAGACUGGUCUCUAGGGUAGAGUUUUUGGAUUGUUACCAAUUAACUCCCUGUUGCUACUGUUUGCCAGGCGGCUGGCUCAUCCUUGCUCUGUUCUCCUAUAAACUACACCAUGGAAACAUAAAUAAAACCUGUGUUAUUGUA